AUGAGGUUCCGACUGUGUGUCGCCGAGCGAGAUUUCAUUCCCGGAAUAGAAAUCACCGAGAACAUCUUCCGAGCCAUCACGCAGAGUCGUACUUCUCUGUUCGUAAUAAGUCGCGAGUUCUGCCGUAGCCGUUGGUGUAUGUUCGAGCUAAGCCUUGCGCAGCAUCGCCUUUUCGAAAGCGACCGGCAAAAGGGGUUGGUGUUGGUCAAGAAGAAAGAUGUGGGCGAGGCUGACAUGAGCCCCUUGCUCCAGUACCUCACAAAGACGCGAACAUACGUCGAGAUCCCACCGGCUGGAUCAAGCGAGGCACUCAAGAACCUGUUCUGGCUGCAGUUGCAAGCGGCACUGGAGAGGUAA